AUGUAAAUUGGAAUUUAAAGAUGGUAGACAAUAAAAUUAAAAAUCAUUGUUAGUUAAAGGAUAUAAUCUAUUAGAAUAGUUAAAAGCAAUAUAAUAAAUUAUAAUACAUCAAGCGUAAUAAUUUAUUAAAUAGAGUUUUUGGAGAUGAUAGUCAUAUAGUUCAUUUAAUAGUUUUAAGAGAUUAUAAAAGUUAAAAAUAAAAAAUUCGUAAUAUAAUAAGGAGAUAGUUAGAACUACCAUAGAUGUGAGCAUAAAUUAAUAUCUAAGUGCCAAAUAGAUUUGAAGAGAUUGUUUCGAUAAUAUUUGUUAUUUUCUAUAAUAUCGCUGUAAUUAAUAUAUAAUGUAGAAUAAGAUCAAAAAAGUUUUACAAGAUAUUAGAAGUUAAAUAGAAGUUUUCAGCUAAAUUAUUAAAAAUUAACAUUCCUCCAAUUAUUUCAAAGGAUUAAGAUUUUAUGA